AUGCCACUGGCAGAACUGGAUAAAUCAUGCGAUAGUAAAGGAACUCCACUUCAUGGAUCUACUAAGAAAAAUGGAAACGCAAGGAGGGGUAUCUUGAACAAACCAGUAUACUUGAUAGCAUGUAUGGUUGUAGCUAUAGGUUCUAUUUGUCUGAUAAUAGCAUUCAUGAAAGAAAUUAGAAAAGAUGUUGACGUUAAGCUAGAGAUCGAGAUGUUGCAACACUUAAGGAAGAUUGAUCAAUGCAAAUACAACUAUCGGAUAAAUGAAUGCGACCCUGGUGUACGAGUAAGGGCUCUGGAUAAACUUUGCGAAGAAUGGUAUGAAUGCAUGACAGUUGGUGAUGCUUUAAGCAAGAAUUCUAAAUUUACAAAGAAACGAGCCGCAUUGUGGGCCGAAACAUUAGGUGAAAUACUGAAUGCGUUUAUGAACAGCAUAAAGAUUAAAACAUGGGGUCUUUUAAUGAUCAGCAUUACAAUGUCUAUAUUGGCAAUUAACGUUUCUGCUGCGGUUAUAAAAAACCUCACUAACAGUGAACAAUAG